AACAUUACUGAGAUAACGUAGUGACCUAACUCAAGUCUAGGUUAAUUUGGAAGACAUCGUUUAAACAUGUUUCUAUGGCGACACGCUUUCCUGUAUUUUACCUGCAGUAAACAAACAUGUAGUGUGAAGAUGACAUUUACCCCAAUGCCAACAUAGUUUAACUUUAAAGCGAACCUACGUCCUACUCUAUAGAGACCACGUGUUGAAGGUCGUUAAACAAUAUUUCUUUUUUAAAUAUACUUUAUUAAAUUAUUCAAACAGGGAUAUCCCUGUCACUAGAGCGGGAUACCCCCAGGAGAAGGAAGUCGGCCCUGAUAAAUGUCACAUCUUAAUACUUCACCAGACCUCUGAUCCAAUGACCUCAAGGGAGGUCUUUCCAGAGAGAGGACCACACCAACUCCCACAACAAUGAAAGGUGGACCUCGAAAAACAAGACGAAGAAAAACGAAGAAGACGACAACACUGUUAGACACCACAGACACUGUUUCAUCUCAAGCCAAAGAGGAAUCAAAUGCUGUGCCAAGCAGUGAUUUGGCCAUUGUCUGCCAGUCCUCUGCGAGUUCCCUACUAAGUACUCCAAAAAGAGGUAGGGGACAAACUGGACAGACAGAAGAAGCCUGCCUGACCUCAACACCAGUCCACAGCUCCUCCAAUAACAUUCUGUCCAACAUCUCAAGUCCCCCUCCUGGAGCAACACAAGUGGAGCUCGAAUACACUGAGCUCAUCACUCAGUUGAAGACAUCAGAGGUAGAGUCACCAUGCUGCAAGUCAAAAGCUCAAAGCAGACGUGGGAGGGGUCGGCCAAGACAAGUUAGAAAAAGGUUGACAGAGGAGCAAACGCAGACCUGCAGUCAAACCAACGGUCCACCAGCCAAGUGUGGCCGUGGCAGGAAGCGGAAGAUCAAAAUGGGGGAUUCACAGAGGGAUACCACUACUCAGGCAUCCAAGCGCUCGAGACCAAGAUUUGAGCUGGAGAAGCCAGAUGCAGCAGAGCUAGACGAGUCUUUGCUGUCUUCAGAUCUGUCGAUAGAGCUGAGUCACCAUGAGGAACAGCUGCCGUCUUUGUCCUUCCAGGAAGAUGAGGGAAGUGAUAAUGAGGAGGAAGAGGAGGACCUACCAAGUUUCUUGAUGCAGGCGGACAAAAAGCCCCCGUCCAUUACAGAAGGAGUGUUUGUGUGGUACAAAUUUAGAAAUUAUCCAUUCUGGCCUGCAUUGGUAAAAAGUGUGAACCGUAAGCAGAAAAAAGCCAGCGUCAUGUUCGUUGAUGACCCUGUAAUUCACAAAAAGAAAGGGUUUACUGUGGCUCUGAAAGCCCUGAAGCCUUUUGACUGUGAAGAAGCUAAUGAGCUGGUGUGUAAAGCCAAAGAAAAGUAUGAUGCUGCAAUUGAGUGGGCCUUAGAGCUCAUAACAGACUACAGAAUACGGAUUGCGUGUGGCUCAUUUUCUGGCUCCUUUAUCGAGUACUUUGGUCAUGCCAUGAGCUAUCCAGUGAGGAGGAAGUACCCGCAGGCAGCCUCGGAGAGACUAACUAUUGCCAAUGAUACGAUGAUGGAGACGCCAUGUGAUGAUCAUAUGGACGAUAGCUUUAGUGAACAGCAGGAGGAGGUCAACAGGAGUUCAAAGAGGCUGCUGCCAGACCGGACUCAUGCUGCCCACAAUCGCGCUAAUGAGAAGCUUGUACAUUUCAUCGUAAAGCAGCGCAUGGUGGAAGGACACCUUCUGGCUGUGAUCAGUGGGCAGCAGCAGUCCAGAUGGCUUCGCUCCUUCUUGAGUGCCAAUCGGAGACGGGUGGUGAACAUAUACCUGGAAGAUGACCAGCAGUUGGACCAGGUGUAUUUGUACCUAAAUGAGCUCUAUGCAACGGCCGUGGCCACUGCUCCUUGCCUGGCUGAGGUGAAAUCCAUGGAGCGAGUCCCCUUUGUCCUCGAUGUGCUCCUUCCUGAGGCCAUCAUCUAUGCCAUAGCCGGGGUGGACAAUGUCUCAGUAAAAAAGGCAGAAGAGAAGUACCUAAAAGGCCGAUGUAUAAGUAACAGAGAAAGACAAGAGUUUGACUUGAUGAUUGAGCGACAGAUGAGGAAAAAAUCCCAGCCUCAGAACACUGCACUGGCAUUAUUUUGACCCCAUUGGUUAGAAGACAAGAGUAUUGUGAAAAAGGAAACUAUUUUUAUACUGAGUUUCAAUUAUUUUGUUUAUAAAUAAUGUAGCAGUGUGUGCCUUACAAUCAACGAUAAAUGUUAUCACAUUA